CAGGGAGGCGGGCCGUCUUCCCGCACGGGGGCGCUGCCACCUGCCUGGGGGAGGAGCCAGAGCGGGACCGGGGCUUUUUGCUGCUCCAACGCGCGGGAGUCGGGAGAACCCAUCCCGACCAUGAAGGGCGGCAGAGGCAUUGAGAACCCGGCUUUCGUCGCCUCCAGCCCAGACACCCCGCGCCGCUCGACCGCAUCGCCCUCUUCCGUCGAGGCCUCUGUCUUGGCCGCCAAUACCCAGAGAGCGGAUUCGCAGCCGCCGGAGAAUCAGGAGCUCCAGAAGUCACCGGAGCCACCGCUGCCUUCAGCAACUGGCCCCGGCUCCCCAGAGCGGCCCGGGCCGGAGUCGGGGUCCGAGUUUGAGGAGGGGCCCUGCGGCUGGGGGACCUUCCAACCCGCGUGCCUCCAGCGCUGCAACACGCCGCAGGGCUUUCUGCUGCACUACUGCCUCUUGGCCCUCACGCAAGGUAUUGUAGUAAAUGGCCUAGUAAAUAUUAGCAUUUCCACGAUUGAGAAGCGCUAUGAAAUGAAGAGUUCCCUGACGGGCCUGAUAUCGUCGAGCUAUGAUAUCUCAUUCUGCUUGUUGUCUUUAUUUGUAUCAUUCAUUGGUGAAAGAGGACACAAACCAAGAUGGCUUGCAUUUGCAUCCUUCAUGAUAGGACUGGGAGCACUUGUAUUUUCCUUGCCCAAAUUUUUUAGCGGAAAAUACGAAUUGGGAUCCCUUUUGGAAGAUACUUGCUUAACAAGGAAUAGAACCGGUUGUACCUCUUCGAGUUCUUCACUUUCUAGCUACUUGUAUGUCUUCAUCUUGGGACAACUAUUGCUUGGAACAGGAGGAACUCCUCUCUAUACCCUGGGAACAGCCUUUAUUGAUGAUUCUGUGCCCACACACAAAUCUUCUCUCUAUAUAGGAAUUGGCUAUGCUAUGUCAAUAUUAGGCCCUGCUAUUGGCUAUGUGUUGGGAGGACAACUGCUAACCCUGUACAUUGAUGUUGGUAUGGGACAAAGGAUUGAUAUCACUGAGGAUGAUCCGCGAUGGCUGGGGGCCUGGUGGAUUGGAUUUCUUGUAUCUUGGCUCUUUGCUUGGUCUUUGAUCUUACCUUUUUCUUGCUUUCCAAAACAUUUACCAGGUACAGCAAAAAUUCACGAGGGAAAAACUUGCCAGACUCAUCAGAGUAAGAGUUCCUUACAACAGACAGAUCAGAAUUUUGGGAAAAGUUUUAAAGAUUUUCCAGCAGCCCUAAAGAAUUUGAUGAGGAAUACUGUCUUUAUGUGUUUAGUUGUAUCAACUUCUUCAGAAGCCUUAAUUACUACUGGAUUUGCUACGUUUUUACCUAAAUUUAUAGAAAAUCAAUUCGGAUUGUCAUCCAGCUUUGCAGCUACCCUUGGAGGGGCUGUUUUAAUUCCUGGAGCUGCUCUCGGUCAGAUUUUAGGUGGUGUCCUUGUUUCGAAAUUCAAAAUGACAUGUAAAAACAUAAUGAAGUUUGCUCUGCUCUCAUCUGUGUGUGCACUUGUGCUGAGUUUUGUAUUUCUUUAUGCCAGCUGUGAAAAUGAGCCAUUUGCUGGUGUGUCUGAAUCAUAUAAUGGGACCGGAGCACUGGGAAACUUGACCGCUCCUUGUAAUGCCGAUUGUAACUGCAUGCGAUCAUAUUAUUAUCCUCUUUGUGGAGGAGAUGGAGUCCAAUAUUUUUCUCCCUGCUUUGCAGGUUGUAAAAGUUCUGUUUCAAAAAGACAGCCAAAGGUAUAUUACAACUGUUCCUGUAUUGCAAGGAAGAUAGAAAUAUCACCUACUGCAGCAAGUUCUCGUUUUGAAGCUAGAGCCGGAAAAUGUGAAACUCGGUGUACAAAUUUGCCUAUAUUCCUUGGCAUUUUCUUUACUGCAAUUAUUUUUACCUUUAUGUCUGGUACUCCUAUAACUGUGGCCAUCCUAAGGUGUGUUAAUCAAAGGCAACGGUCUCUAGCAUUAGGAAUACAAUUUAUGUUGCUUCGAUUAUUAGGCACAAUACCUGGACCCAUUAUAUUUGGAGUCACUAUAGACAGCACAUGUAUUCUCUGGGAUAUUAAUGAAUGUGGAAUUAAAGGAGCUUGCUGGAUUUAUGAUAACAUCAAGAUGGCGCGGAUGCUAGUGACCAUAAGUGUUAUUUGUAAAGUUAUCACCAUUUGCUUCAAUGGGCUUGCAGUCUUUUUGUAUAAACCACCACCAGAAGGUGCAGAUGUGACAUUUCGGAGUCAGAAUUCAGUUGUGACUACUGUUUCAGUAGAAUGUGAUCUCAACAAAUCAAGAAAUUAAGGGUGAAACAGAAAAAAAGGAGACCAUUUUACAGCUGGAAAAUUGGCCUUCAUUUGUGAGAAUGCACAAAGCCAUUGCAGCAUUAUCUACCCAAUAUGGACAAUGAUAUUUUAAAAAUUGGUAUUUUUAAAUAAAUGUGUUUUCUGUAUAUGUAUGGACUCUUAUUUAUUUUUGUUUUAAUGUAAGAAACAGAUGUGUGCCUUCAAAGCCCACCAAAAGCCUCAAAACACACACACUUCCCAUUGUCUAGGUUUGAAAUCCCCAGCUAAUAAACUAAACUAGAAAAAAAUGCCAAUGAUUAGUUAAGCGGUUUACAUUUUAAAAACAAAGUGAUGUUUCUAUCCCUCUUACAACU